GUGAAUGCAGUAAAGGAGCCAGAUGGAUGCAAUGCUAACAAAAUUUAUAUUAUUUCAAACAAAUUGUCUAUAGAAGAUUUGUAGUGUCUAUUCCGCUGUAUCGACAUCACCAUUGGCACCUAUUGAUCUUUCUAACGGCACUGGAUUCUAACUUUUACGGCCCUGGAUUCUGAUACGGAAGACGACGUGCACUACACACAUUGACAAAAUAAUGCCUGGAAAACUGAAAGUACGAGUAGUCUCUGGGAGAAAUUUGCCCGUGAUGGACAGAUCUAGUGAAAGAGCUGAUGCAUUUGUGGAGUUGAAAUUUGCUAAUGUAACCCUGAAGACUGAUGUUUAUAGGAAGUCUUUAAAUCCUCAGUGGAAUUCAGAAUGGUUCAAAUUUGAGGUGGAUGAUGAAGAGCUUCAAGAUGAACCAUUGCAGAUACGUAUUAUGGACUAUGACACUUACAGUGCACAUGAUUCCAUUGGAAAGCUAUAUAUUGAUCUUAAUCCCUUAUUAUGGAAAGACGGUGUGACUGGUAUAUCUGGCUGGUUUCCCAUUUACGACACUAUGCAUGGUAUUCGUGGUGAAAUAAAUGUGGUUAUCAGGGUUGAAUUAUUCACAGAUGCAAAUAAAUACAGAGAAUCUUCAUGUGGUGUCAAAUUUUUUCGCAGUAGCUGUGUGCCACAUGUUUAUACUGCUGCAGCUGUGUAUGGCUUUGUAGAAGAAUUGGUUGUCAAUGACGACCCAGAAUAUCAGUGGAUUGAUAAGAUUCGAACACCCAGGUCAUCCAAUGAAGCAAGGCAGAGAUUGUUUUCACAGUUAUCAG